UAAAAAACUAUAUUGUAAUUUUGUGAAAGAGAAAGAUAAUUCCAAUUCUUAUUAAUUUAUAUAUACUUGCGAGAAAUACAAGAUUUUUUAGUUUAGAUUUUUCGUUCGCUCUUGCUUAACUGGACACAGCCCUAACCAACCGAGAUGUGAAUUUAACCCUUUCAAAAUGUGACCUUAAUAAGUCAGGAUGUGAACCUAACCUAACCUAACCCUAACCUAACCAAUCGAGAUGUGAACCAAAUUAGUCAAAUUGUGAAUGCAGCUUGUCAGUCAAGUUAAAUUAAACAAUCUCCAUAAUGUUGUUUAAAUGUAUUCACUUUUGCAAGAAGACAGUAGCAAUCUGUAGACUAGCUUCUACUGCCGCUAAUGUCAAUAACAAUCUCAAGCAGCUGACAAUACUCGGUCAAAAAUAUGCGAUAGAUGAUUGGACAAAUGUUUCUCCAAAUAUUAUCGCAAAACUAGGCAGAAAUCUGCAUGUUAAGAAAUAUCAUCCGCUUUCACAUUUACGUCAACGUAUUGUGAAUUAUUUUUACAGUCAAUUUCGCAGCAGUGGAACCCCGUCGUUCAGCGUUUUCGACAAUAUCAAUCCUGUGGUUACAGUCGGUCAAAAUUUUGAUUCUCUUCUUGUACCAAAGAAUCAUUCGAGCAGAAAGAAAACUGAUUGUUAUUACAUAAAUCAAGAGAUAUUACUGAGAGCGCAUACAACUGCGCAUCAAGUGGAACUGAUCUCAAUGGGACUGAACGAUUUUUUAGUUAUUGGAGAUGUGUAUCGUCGUGACGAAAUUGACAGUACGCAUUAUCCAGUUUUCCAUCAGGUUGACGCGGUCAGAUUGCGAACACCGCAGAAAAUAUUUCACAACGUGAACGACUCUGAGAGUUUGACAUUAUUUGAACAUAGAGGAGUAGAAACUUCUGAAAAACAAGGUUGUCAUACCUUGGAAGCAGUAAAAGUAAUGGAGCAGGAACUGAAAAGUACUUUAAUUGGUUUAGCAGAAGCUAUCUUUGGGAAAGAUAUACAUUGUCGAUGGGUUGACCAAUAUUUUCCAUUCACUCAUCCGUCAUGGGAAUUGGAAGUAUUGUACAAUGACAAAUGGCUUGAAGUAUUAGGCUGUGGCAUUAUGCGUCAGGAAAUUCUUCAAAACGGCGGCGCCACAGAUCGAAUCGGAUGGGCGUUCGGUCUUGGCUUGGAAAGAUUAGCUAUGCGUUUGUACGAUAUUCCUGACAUAAGAUUAUUUUGGAGUAACGACACAGGUUUUCUGAAUCAAUUCAAAUUUGACGAUCCUAAUACACAUAUACGAUACAAGCCUAUCAGUAGAUAUUCUCCUUGUGUAAACGACAUAAGUUUCUGGUUGCCGGAAGACGGAAGUUAUUCUUCCAAUGAUUUCUACGAUCUAGUCAGAGAAAUAGGUGGCGAUAUUAUCGAACAAAUCGAGCUGAAAGACAAAUUCACUCAUCCGAAGACCAAAAAAAUAUCCUAUUGUUACAGUAUUGUGUACAGGCACAUGGAGCGUACCUUAACUCAAGUUGAAGUUAAUAAGAUUCACAGUCAAAUAGGAAAAACAGCAGCCACUAAGCUCAAUGUAAUUGUUAGAUGAAAAAUAAAAUGCGCUUUUUUUUAAACAAAAGUGAAUUUUCAUGAAU